UCCGCCAGGGACAUCGCUCACCGCGGGCCUGGAGCCGCCGCGCCGGCUCCUCCUCCGCCGCCCGGGACGGGACGGGACGCGACGGGCCGGGCCGGGAUGGGCGGAGCGGCCCCGGGAUGCCGGGCCUGCGAGGAGGGACAAAGGGAAGCGAAAGAAAAAAACAAUCCACGAACAAAACCGCGCGCAGGGAGGAAAGAGAAAAAAAGCCCGAAAAAGGCAAUGUUGAGCGCUCCGGCGCUGCCCGGGGGGGCCGUCAGGGCAUCCCCCACGCCCAGCCAGGGUGGGAGUCAGGGACGCGGUGGAAAGGCCGGUGCUGGGCUCCAGAGGCGCAGCGAUCCCCCCUGGGGCUCCCCUCUCCUGAUUUGGGCCGGGAUCGCAGCUGCAGCCGCUGCUCGAACCCCUUGCCAUAAAUGUACCGCUGCAUCCCUGGCCAGGGGCAGCAUUCCCGAGCCACAGCGCAGGGAAAAGGCGGCGUGGUGUGCCUGGAUCCGCGCACAGGCGGAGCGGAGGGGGAGAGCACAGCCAGCCUGGUGCCACCGCAUCCCCACUGCCCUUCCCGAGCCGAGUCCCCCCGCGCUCAGCCUGCGACUCGGGAAUGGCAAGCGCGAUGCAUGGCUCUGCUCCGACCCUCCUGGUUCCUGCAUGUCCCAGCCCCUGGUUUGCCCUGAGAAGACACUGCAUAACCUGUUCUGCUGCUCCAUCUUUUCUAUUUAAACUAAGUUCCUGGAACAGGACAUCUCACAAGUGAGCUACGUACCAGGGUCCUGAGUUUUUUUGACAUGAACAAGAAAAGAGCAAAGUAACAACUGAGCAUCUUGGGCAAGGGCAGACACUUCAAGCAAUUGUAAUCAUUAUUACUCCCAAGGAAAACAGAGAUCUA